AUGCCUGAACGCCUGCCGAACCACCCGCGCGAAUCCCACCGACGCCCCGCAGCCCUAGCAGUCCCAUGCCCCGAGAUCCAUGCAAGCGCGGCCCAUCGUCACUCCCUCGCCAUCGGCAUCGUCGUAUUCACCGCCGAGAGCGAAAGCACACUGGUUCUUGAUCAGUCUGAACUCCCUGAUGCGUGCAUCACUGGUGGGCUCAGGAGGUUGAACUUCGGCGGGAGUGCGCUGGUGGGUCCUUUGCCUUCUUUUACUGGUUUUGUUGGGUUGGAGGUCUUGGACUUUUCUUACAAUAAAAUGAGUGGAAGCAUUGGCUCAGAAUUAGAUGGGUUAGUCAAGUUGGGGAGUUUGAAUCUUAGUAUGAAUAUAUUCAAUGGGUCAGUUCCAGUUGACCUGUUCCGGGUUCUGAAGGAGCUCCAGCUUUCGGUGAAUGGGUUCGAAGGUGAAAUCCCUGAGGGAGUCAAAGAUUAUCGGAAUUUGGCGCUGCUUGAUCUCAGCGCGAACCAGCUUUCAGGCUCUGUCCCCGACAGACUUGGGGAGCUCCCAAGGCUGGAAGUACUGGUUCUCUAUUCCAAUCUUCUCAGCGGAAAAAUCACGAAUAGUCUAGCUAAUAUCACAACACUUUCCCGUUUCUCUGCGAACCAAAAUAACUUUCAGCGGCCCAAUUCCCAGCGGGGUUAA